AUGUUGAUAGUACUUUUACUUUCUUUGGCUUCCUGUAAUGGACCAUCAGAGAUCCCAAAUGAUAUUAUACCAGAACAAAACUAUACAGAUGAUACAAUUUAUCCCAAAGUUGUCGAUGUUUGGUUCAUGACAAUUUUAGUCGCCUUUUUCAUGAUGUACAUCAAAAAAUUCGAAUGGGGAGUAAUGAUAGCAGUACUUCUCUCAGCCGCAACAUCUCACGUUACUUAUGCUUUUGUUAAAAAUGUUUGUAUGAAGCAUGAUUUCGAUGCAAAGCUUGCAACUGAAUCAGUAUGUUGUGCAAUUACAUGUACAGUUACUAUUGGUAUCUUUAUUGGUACAAUAAAGACAUGGCAAUACUGCAUUGUCGGAGUUAUGUUUGGUUUAUCAUACUUACUUGUCGAAUACUUAGUAGUUUCAGGAAAAGCAAUCAAAGGAGUUAUUGAUCCAGGUUGCGCGAUCUCCAUCCACAUGAUGGCUGCUUAUUAUGGUCUCGGAGUUGCCUGUGUCAUUAGAGAGAAACGAGUUAUAGGUGUUGAAUUCAAGUUUUCUACACAUUCAGUCAACUGGAUUUGGCUUGGUUCAUCACUUUUGUUCAUUUUAUGGCCAUCAUUUGUUUCUUUGUUUUGGAAAGGAAAAGCGGCAUGGACAGCAGCAAUUAAUUGUUUAAUGAGCGGUCUCGGUUCAAUCAUUUCAGCUUACUUCAUGGAAUUUACAAUAAAACGAGGAAAGGUUGAUGCUUUUGUUUACGCAGUUGCUUUACUUGCUGGAUGCGUUGGAACAUCAUCCGCCUUGUUUAUGCUGUCUCCGUGGUCAUCUUUACUUGUUGGAGCCAUUUGUGGCUGUUUUUCAGUUUGUUCUUUCAAUUAUAUACAUAAUCCUUUCACAAAGAUGCUCGGAAUUAAUGAUGUAAUGGGUGCUCAUAACUUGCAUGGUAUUUGCUCAUGGCUUUCAGUCAUAACUUGCGCAAUUACAUUAUUUAUUAAGAAAUUCCCACCACAAUGGACUGUUGCCGGUGCUGUUACAUCAUUUGCUGUUUCAUCAAUAUGUGGAGUUAUCACUGGCCUUGUUCUCCGCUUCACAAAAGGAAAAGAAAUACCAGAUUCAGAUUUCAUGGAGGAUAAUGCCAUUUUCUUAUUCCCCCAUGACACUGAAUUAGAUUGGCCACCAAAGGAAUAA